AUGGAGCUAGCUGGGUGUCGAUGUGUGCGCAAUAACGGCCGAGUGCAUGAGGCUGAGCCGCCCCCCUUCGAUGUCCUCAGAAAGGUCGACCCCCGAAAGAUACAAAUGCCACCACGCCGAUCUGGUGAAAUCAGGCGUCUCGCCUGCCAUUGGCGCGCGUUCCUCCGGGCUCGCUGCCCUCCGCCAACCGUUUCCUCCGAUGAAUUUGGACUGGGCAUGCAAGGCGUCGAAGCGGGGUCGAAUGUCAUCUCGACUCUGAGCGUCUACGUGGUGCGGGUGCGUGUUGGUGGCCUGGCUCCCAUUCUCGAGCCCUUCGCUUCGGCGUUUCGCUGUGGUUACCUGGUGGAGACCAGGUCUUCCGCCGUAAAUAGCUCGACCUUCACCUGUACUGACCUAACUGGCGGUGUGUGUACAACGGCCACGAGAACUCCAUGUCCGCUUAACAGUCAGCACUGGAUAGCAGAUCUGAUCCCACACACAGUAAUUGAGAGCUCUCCUUGCACUGUGCUGCAUUUAGCUGCGCUGGCCUGGCCAGCCAGCUGGCUGGCUGGCUGGCUGGCUGAUCGCACAAUCGCAACGCGGGCUACGGGUAAGACUCUUAGCCUACGAGCCUCGCAGGCUAAGAUUAGGGCGCAAAAUGCAUUCAAAGAGAUCGCAGCUUCAAGAACAGCUUCAAGUUUGGCCUUGCAGAGGUCAAUGGCCCUCAGAAAACCGAGGUCACUUCUUAUGAACCUUCAGUGCUGCUCUUUGAGUGGUGGCGUCCUUCUCAGCAGCUUGUUGUGCGCCUGCUUUCGUGCCGAUGAGACCAAGACCCCAGGCGGAAUUGGCACUCGUUGCUGUCCGCGCUACAAGAAGACCAUUCCAAGAACUUAUCCAAGCUCUAGUGUCAGCAAGUUUGUGGGAAUAAGAGGGGUGUUCUCACGCGCGCGGGCUCUACGGCGACACUGA